CUUCAACUUUAUGACUCCAUUCGUCAACAUUAGACACCAAAAAUGUUGAAUUUCCGAGUCGAGACCAAGAAUGAAACGAAAUGCUAUGCUACGCAUGGCGUUCUUGGACACGUGGACCCAAAGCAGCCUCCAGUGAAGAGAAAACCAUUCUCGGCAAUUUUGAACCACGAUUUCAUCCAAAAGGUCGAGCUGUUUCUUCCCGAAGAGUUGUAUCGGAUUGUUGAGAAAGGCAUCAUCAAUGCUCUUCCUGCGCCUUCAUAUAGCUCAGUCAUUCUCCCGUUGGCUGCUCUUCUGGAAGGGGAAUUCUUCAAUGAGUACAUCAAGAGAGGGAACAUCUUGAUGCUGUCCGAAGGACGACUUGGCGUGGACAACGUCUAUUCCUUGCGAGAAGGGGUUUUGACCUUGCAUUUGGACAAGGAGAGUUAUGAACGAGCAGGCCUCGUUGGGCAACCAGAAGGUGUGAAGGGCAAACGAGGAACGAAACCUCGAUGGGCUGUCGAAGUCAACUUGCGCCUACCUUCUAUGUUACAUGGCAAGAAAGGGUUUGACAGAAUUGUCUACGCAUUCAAGACUGUUCUCACAGCCCCGGUUACAUGGCUCUUUCUGAAUUUAGAAACCAAAGCUGCUGAUCCAGAUCCUUUUGACGCCCACUUUCCGGCAAGGAAAGUUGCCACUACCCAGGUAACAAGAGACAUUCAGGUCAAGAUGCCAUCUCUCGUUCCGCCGACAGAGGUUGAUUCGGCUUAUGGCGCCGAUUUCGAAGAUUAUGCUGUCGAAAUGUACGAAUGGCUCUCGCUGCUUCAACUUGAUAGCCCAAGAAUUCUUGCCGAUGACAAGACCGAUCCUUUUCUUUCUCGCUAUAAUAUCUCGGGAGAUACUUCGACCAAUUGCAGCUUGGUCAAGGUAAAUUGGCGAGGUUUCAUGUCUGCCUUCUGGGUACGAGAUGCCUUUGUCCAGAUAUUACAAGUCAUCCCACGGGAAGCCUGGUUUGUUUUUCGGGCUGAUGAAGUUGGUUGUGGGCCUCAUAAGCAGAACAGAAGCUGUACGAUUGUGAAGCUUCCAAAGGCACCAACAGAGUAUAUGUUGUGGGAAAUAGCAUAAGCAGCUUCCACAAUCAAGAUGUACGUUGCCGCACUUCUCGUUCUUGACCUACUUCACCUCGAAGUGCUUCUGUUAUAAGCUCUCUCAAAGCUCGUUGUCCUUCUUCGCCCUGGAAAUCUUCUCGUGCGGCCAACUCUUCUAUUCUCCGCCUGAACUCGGGAUCCGCGACUUCACCUGCUUCAUCUUCGGCCAUAGUCCCAAUGUUAACCUGUACGCCUUCUGGAAGAGCCGGUGGGGAGUGGAUGCCAUUCGCUGCAGAGGAGCCGUUG